UUUUUAAAAUCUUCACUCUAAUCUCAUUAGGUUCUCCAAUUAAUAUUUACGUAAAUUUAAUUUAUAAAUUAUAUUAUUAGUUUUUUUUCAAUAUAUCAAACUUUUAAUUUAUAAAUUUUUCUAAUAUAAAUUAUCACCUAAAUUUAUUCAUUUUAUUUAAAAAGAUAUUUUUUAAACAUUUGAACUAAAUUUUCACUUUUAAUUAUUAAAAUUAAUUUUUCAUUUUAUUACUUUAUAUUAUUUAUUCAUUUUUCCCUUCUAAUACUUUUAAUUUAUUAAAACAAUCAAUUUGUUUUCAAUUGAGAUAUUUUUAAUUACAAAAAUUAAUUUAAAACAAUAAAAUUCUUUUAAUUUAAUUACUACAUUUUAUUUGA